AAAUAAAAAAAGAAGAAACAAACUUACAGACGUGACAGACGCCGUCAACUUUACUGAGCUCGCCUGGAACAGCCGGGACUGAAAACAAUCGCCGCCUAUCUCUUGGGACAACCGCCGCCCCGCCGGUCCAUUUACUUCCGACGGAAGAGUUUGAUAUAAAUGGUGAUGAUGCCAGAAGAGUUUGAUAUGUAUUUUGUCUAGAAAGGGAUGAUGCGGGAUGUUAUCGGGGAAAACGACAUCAAUCAAUAUUGACGACUUCGUUAGAUUUUAUAUAUUUUCUAAAUACAGACGACAAUUAAUGGUGGCAAAGAAAGGAAGCAAAGGUGGAAUGGGUGUGGAAGAUGCAGACGAGGAGCUCACACGUGUCCCUCUACAAGCCAUCCUAUUAGCCGAUAGCUUUGCAACACUAUUCCGCCCAAUCACACUUGAGCGUCCAAAAGUACUGCUACCACUAGUUAAUGUGCCUAUGAUUGACUAUACUCUAGCAUGGCUUGAAUCUGCUGGAGUUGAAGAAACUUUUGUGUUCUGUUGUGCUCACUCCAAACAAGUGAUUGACUAUUUGGAAAAAUCAAAGUGGUUUAAGCAACCAAACUUUUCAGUCACUACAAUAGAAUCACACAAUUCAACAAGUGCUGGAGAUGCUUUGAGAUUGAUAUAUGAAAAGCAUGUGAUUCGUGGAGAUUUCAUCCUUGUUACUGGAGACACAGUUAGUAACAUGUCACUUACCCAGGCUCUUAAAGAGCAUAAGGAGAGAAGGAGAAAGGAUAGUAACGCUGUAAUGACAAUGGUCAUUAAACAGUCAAAACCAUCUCCAGUAACUCAUCAAUCUCGUCUUGGAAUGGACGAGCUGUUUAUGGCCCUUGAUCCUAAUACAAAACAGCUCCUGUAUUAUGAGGACAAGGCCGAUACAUCGAAGGGCAUAGUCACUCUGGAUAAGGCAUUGUUGACUGACAAUUCUUCUCUAUCCCUUCACAACGAUAAGCAGGACUGCUAUAUUGACAUUUGCUCCCCGGAGGUUCUUAGUCUCUUCACAGACAAUUUUGACUAUCAGCACUUGCGCCGUCACUUUGUGAAGGGUCUCCUUGUUGAUGAUAUUAUGGGUUACAAAAUUUUCACCCAUGAAAUUCAUUCAAGUUAUGCGGCUAGGGUUGACAAUUACCGAAGCUAUGACACAAUUAGUAAAGAUAUAAUCCAGAGGUGGACCUACCCUUUGGUGCCUGAUGUUCAGUUUUUUGGUAACUGUGUGACAAGGCUAGAAAGACAGGGAGUGUAUCGAGCAUCAGAUGUAGCACUAUCACGUUCGGCGAAAAUUGGCCCCUUUUCAGUUAUUGGAAGCGGCACUGCAAUUGGAAACUGUACAGAAGUAUCCAAUUCAGUCAUUGGUGAAGGUUGUAUAAUUGGGUCCAAUGUUUCAAUUGACGGGUGCUAUAUUUGGGAUAAGGUUACCAUUGAGGAUGGAUGUAAACUAAAGCAUGCAAUAGUUUGCGAUGGGGUGAUCAUCAAAUCUGGAGCAGUUGUUGAAGCUGGAGUUAUCUUAUCUUUUAAGCGUAACUCUUUACGGAGUACGUGCUGGGCAACGAAUACUUAUGCUUUCCUGUCAGACUCAGAUGACCAAGUUGUGGUCAUAAUUGGACGAGGUUUUGUUGUUCCUGCUUACUCAAAGGUUUCUCUGCUUCAGCAGCCUGUCAAACAAGACAGCGAUGAAGAGCUUGAAUAUGCUGAUAAUAGCAGUGGGACCAUGGAAGUCACAUCAAUUUCUAAUACUCCUGAAGUGUUGCAAGACGAAAUGAGGACAGAGUUGUCGGAUUCCCAAAUAAAGGCUGCAUCAGAGGUUGGUAAUGGUGGGGUUGGUCACAUUUGGUCGGCUGGUGAAGGGGGGUUUGCAGAAGAAUGGAGGCACUCAGUCGCCCCAAUAACUUCAGAACGUCUUGUUGAAAUUUUGGAAAAAGCAACCGAAGAACUGGAAAUAGCCAAUGAAAAUGGCAAUAUAAUUCCACAUUCUGAAGAGCUGGAACCUGAUUCUGUUAAUGAUUCUGACGAAGAUGUCAGAGAUGAUACUGCCCUCUUUGAGAAAGAGGUUGAAGCAACUUUUUUAAGGGGUGUGCAUGAAAAUGUGAAAGAAGACCAUUUAAUAUUAGAAGUAAAUUCACUAAGGUUAUCGUACAAUCUGACUGCUUCUGAUUGUGCUGGACCAUUAUUCUAUGCGAUGAUGAAAUUAGCGGUGGAUACUAAACAUGGUUCACCAGGAGAACUUGUUAAAAAUGUUGCAAGUGUGAUUGGAAAAUGGAAAAGGCUUUUGAAGUAUUAUUUGCCUGGCAUAGAUGAAGAGAUUGAAGUGAUCUUGAAAUUUGAAGAAAUGUGUUUAGAGUCCACCAAGGAAUACUCUUCGCUCUUUGUACAGAUUUUGCAUCUUCUAUAUGACAAAGAUGUUCUACAAGAAGAAGCUAUACUCAAUUGGGCAUCCGAAAAGGAAGAGGCAGAUGAGUCGGAUAAACUUUUUGUGAAGCAGGCAGAGAAAUUCAUACAGUGGCUGAAUGAGGCAUCUGAAGAAGAUGAAUAAACGGAGAUGAGUAUAUGCUGUCUUAUCUGCUCUCGAGACCCAAUUUCACUCCGGAAAACACCUUUGUAGGGUCAUUUUUGUCAUUUGUUGCGAGUUUUUUUUGGUUCAAGCUUGCAUUCAUAACUUGUGUUGUGAUGGGUAUCAAUGAAAUCAAGUUUUGCCUAUUAGAGAAAUUUAUGAUCUGAGACAUUCCUAACAUCGAAUUACAAAUUUAAAAUGUGGCUUUCGAGCAAAUAUGUAAUAACAGUCUUAACAGAAGUAAAGACGGUAACUCUUUCUGGAAAUUGCAUGCUUGGAAACAUUAUUAUCAUAAAAUG